GGAAAUAAGAGAAACGGGAGACGUUAAACUGACUCCCGUUGAGCGCGCAGCCCGGCGUACACGCAUACCUAGGUACGAGAUGAAAGAAAUCGUGGCGGCGCUGCUGGUCGCAGCCGUGGGUGCAGCAGUGAGCCAGGAGUACGGAGGAAGACAUGCCUUGUUCGUCAGAGCACCGUCUGCAGCCGCGCACUCGAGAGUCCAGCGAGCUGCUCCGGUGUCGGCCGCAGACCUGAUGGCGCAAAAUAUCCUACACUGGAUUCAGGGCAUCUAUCGGCAGGGCGCACGUAAAAUUCGUCAGCAAUCGGAUCCUCCUGGAUACCUACCGCCGUACAGCACCCAAAGACCACCGGAAAGGCCUCGACCUUUUCAGCCGCCCUCGACUGGCCAGCAGCCAAGCUACUCGUCUCCGGCUCAAAACGAGGUGACCAAUAAUUAUCCGUAUCAGAGGCCAUCGACGGGUUUCUCUCAGCCGAAUGUCGCUCUGCCGUCCGGUCAAUCGUCCACCUUACAACCUCCUCCGUUCUCGACUCAAAGAUCCACCUAUCUUCCGCCGAACGGUCAAUCACCCUACGGUCCGUCCUCUUACGAGCCUCGUCCGACUCCGACACCCUCCUACACGAACACCGGUUCCUCGGCUUUCCCGCCGUACGGUUCGACUCCUCGACCAGCGUCCACCGCGCAGCCUUCUCAGCCUGGAUAUUCCGCUUCCAACGGCUUCGGUUACUCGAGUUCGAGUUUCGCCAGUGCCAGUGCUAACGCCAAUGCCGGUAAAUUCUCUACGCCGAGCGGAUUCUCCUCCACUUAUGGCUAUUCGACUCAGAGACCGAGCACCGGGUACAUUCCGCCCGUGACUACUUCGGCCCACGGGUUCACCACUAAUGGGUAUCCAACCACGAAACCCAGCGUUCCGUUUCCGACCCCUGGAACCGGAGACGACUCGUACGAUCAGAGCAGUGGAGCUGCUUAUCCCACUGCUGCACCCGACGAGACUUCCAGCGGCAGUGGCGGCACAACUGGCCAAGGUUCUAGCUCUUCCGGAACGGUAACCGGCACUGGAGCCGAGGACGACGACGAGUUAAAACACCCUCCUCAUAUUCACGCUCUCGACGUUCAGUGCAGCAAAACCAUGAUGACCAUCAAUAUCGAGUUCAACCGCGUCUUCGACGGAGUGAUUUACUCCAAGGGAUAUUACGCGAACCCGGAGUGUAGGUAUGUUGCGCAAAAUUCCGGGCAAACCAAGUACACGUUCACGGUAAGCCUGGAUUCCUGUGGUACACAAUUCAUCAACGAUUUCGCGGGUGAAGCUGGACAAGCGUAUCUGGAAAACGUGUUGGUCCUGCAGAAUGAACCAGGCAUACAGGAAGUGUGGGACACGGUGCGAACAGUGCGCUGCUUGUGGGAAGGGAACAUCAACAAAGCGUUGUCGGUGAACUUUUCCGUAGAUAUGUUGAAUCAAGAAAUAGUGACGUUUAGCGGUGACACGGCGGUCGCUAGGUUGGACAUCCAAGUAGGAAGAGGUCCGUUCGCGCCUGCCGCGAAUGGUCUGGUCAAGAUCGGAGAGACCAUGACCCUGGUGGUCUCCGUCGAAGGAGAUCCUGCCUUCGAUCUUCAGGUGCGCGAUUGCCUCGCUCGAGACGAAAGUUCCACGAACACGAUACAACUGACGGACGAACGAGGGUGCAUAUUGAAACCCAAAUUGUUCGGUUCGUUCCAAAAGACGAACGACACCGGGAAUACGGGUGCGUCAAUUAUCGCUUACGCGUACUUCCAAGCCUUCAAGUUUCCAGACGUGAUGGAUCUGUUCAUCGAAUGCAACGUGGAAUUAUGUAAGACCGACUGCGAACCGUGCCCCGAAUUAAAUCAGCAAAUUGAACCGGGUAGGCGGCGGCGAUCGAUAAGUUACGCCCCAUCAAACACUUCGUCCCUGCCGCUCUCCGAACCGGUGCGAGUUGCUCGUGGCUUUAGGGUGGUCAUGGAAGACGAUCUGAGCAAAGCUAGCAAUCAAGUCUUAGAGAAGCUCGAGGAAACCGCUGUCGAGGAGAUCGUAAGAACCACGAUGAACGUUUGCAUGACAUACAGCGGAUUUUAUACUGCGAUAUUUUUCCUACUGAGCACCAUCUUUGUCGCUACGAUAAGCGCGGUUACGCUAUACAUUAAGUUGCAACGAGUUUACAGAUCGAAAUCCGUUUACUCGUAGAAAUCUUGGGUAAUUUGUUGCCGUCGCUAUUUUGAGUCUCAAUAACGAGCGAUAAACGAGCGUCAGGAUGACUAGCUACAUUGAUGACGGUCGGUCAUAAAAAAUCGGACGAAAUUUCAUUCUCCGAUAUGAACCAAAUUCUGCAAAUAAGCUCAUUUUUGCGGAAGAUCUGUGAAAAUGAUUUUUGACUCGAAAGAAAAUUUUUUGCCAUUCUUAUAUCAUUCCCUGUUUCAUCGACGCACAGUACAGUGUGUGAAUUAUUUUGAACACGUAAUCUGCAUCUUCGAACUCACAAAAUAUAUUACAAACAAUAUAAAGUCAAUAUU